AUGGAGGCACUUAAAAAGUUCAAUCCAGGGACCAUAGUUGAAUGGUGUGUUUUGAGACGGACUGGUGUAGAGCAGGUUGAAUUUAGACGUGUGUUUUGGGCAUUUAAUCCUUCUAUCCUUGGAUUUAAGCAUUGUCGGCUAGUGAUUAGCAUUGAUGCCACACAUUUGUAUGGCAAGUAUAAAGGUAAGUUGAUGAUUGCAAUGGGAGUUGAUGGUAAUAAUCAGAUAUUGCCACUUGCAUUUGCUAUUGUUGAAAAUGAAUCUUACGCUAGUUGGAGUUGGUUUCUUUCUCAUGUUAAGAAACAUGUGGUGAAAGAUACCAAAGGGAUAUGUCUAAUCUCUGAUCGUCAUGCUGGAAUUCUAAAGGCAGUUAGAGCCACAUGGUAUUGCUUAAGGCAUUUUAUCAACAACUUUAAUGAUAAGUUUCACAACUCUCAAUUGAAAGCUUUAGCUUACCGUGCUGGGAGUCAGAAUCAGAUUAGAAAGUUUAACUCUAUUAUGGAGGAAAUUGGAAAAAUAAACCGAAAAGCUCGCCAGUGGCUUGAGCAACAAGCAUUUGACAGAUGGACGUUUGCACAUGAUGGUGGAAAGCGUUAUGGGCUACUCAUAACAAAUUUGUCAGAGAUUUUUAAUAGUGUACUCAAAGGUGCACGUUUCUUACCGAUCACAUCAUGUGUUCAACUUACAUUUUAUAGACUAGUACACUAUUUUGAUGUGAGACGUCCCAUGGGAUCUAAUGCUCAAGCUAAUGGAGAUAUGUAUACUCCCCAUAUUUUGGCCAAACAAGCAUCUUCAAUGUCAAAAGCUGGUGCACAUUCUUUGAGAUAUUUUAACCGUCAGAAAGGUAUAUUUGAGGUGAUAACUCAAAAAGGAAAAAAUGUGCAAGUAGUUGUUUUGGAUAAAAAAAACUUGCACGUGCGGGCUGGCAAAUCGUGUCUAAUCGGGUUUAACGGGUCUUUAACGACGCGUGCAACACAAAUAUCUAUUGCCAGCCCUAAUUAUUGUGCUACUUGGUCAUCUGAGUUUAGGCCACUUCCUCAUGAAGCAUAUUGGCCUAACUCAUCAUCUAUUGGAGAGUUACUUCUCAAUUCAGAGCUAAAACUGGAUAAAAAGGGCCGCCCUCGCUCAACAAGACUACGGAAUGGAAUGGACAUUAAAGAAAGGAAAAAGGCGAACCUUUGUGGAAUUUGUAAACAACGUGGUCAUAACCGAGCAAUGUGCCCCCUCAAAGCCUAG